AUGAGUACAAAAAAAACAGCUUUAGUUGUAGUAGCUUCAGGAUCCGAAGAUGUAGAAUACAUUUCAGUAGUUGAUAUACUAAGGAGAGCUAAUAUCAGUGUAACAACCGCAUCUGUAGAAGAAACAGAGAAGGUUUGUCUUCAAUCAAAAAAUACCAUUAUGGCAGAUACAACAAUUAGAAAAGUAAGAAAUAUUAUUUUUGAUGCAAUUGUAAUUCCGGGAGGUAUGAAAGGUUCUAAUACUAUAGCAGAAUGUGAACCUUUUAUUGAAAUGCUAAAAGAACAGAAAAACAAUAACAGAAUAUAUGCAGCUAUAUGUGCAGCUCCUCAAACCGUUUUAAAUCGUCAUCAUCUAAUUGAUGAUGUUGAAGCAGUUGCCUAUCCAACCCUUGAUAAAGAUUUCAAAAAUGUUGGUAAAGGUAGAGUAUGUGUUUCCAAAAAUUGUAUAACUUCUAUAGGGCCAGGAUCAGCUACUGAAUUUGCUCUUAAAAUAAUAGAAGUUUUAUUAAAUAGAGAAGCUGCGCAGAAAGUUGCAAAUGAUUUUAUUUUGCAUCCAUCUAUUACUUUUUAA